AUGCUCCGCGUAGCACUUCUAUUCGGCAUCUUCACACUGAUAGGUCAUGAUGUGGCCCUUGGUGCUCCUACUGGGGGAAUGCGUGGAGAUGCUGGUACGGAAGCACCGAAGGCCGACUCUGGUCCCUGUGGCCUGAUGCAGCCUUACACGCAUGGUGCAAACACUGUUCCAGAUAUUAAACAGUAUUUGGAUGAUAUGAGAAACAUGGCUAUUUUAUUGGGACGUAUGUAUGGAUACGAUUUUAGGGUGUCUGAUGAUUUGAUUUUUCUCAAGUAUAUCGGUCGGGCUUAUCCCAUUGACGCUACUGUUAGACACAGCAAUGUUGUGAAUGAAGAAUUGAAUAACGCCAUAUCGGUAGAUGCAUCAAUAAACAGCCUGAAGCAGACAACGUGGUGGUUAUUUUUUGCUUAUUACAAGGACACACCAGACGGUGCAUUGCGUUCGGAAACCGUUGCUGGAAUGAAGGACAUUUGGAUAAUUAACAAAUUCUUGCAGGACUAUAUUACGGAUCUAUCCCCAUGGAUAACUUUGGAACGGUACGCGAGCUUGAAGAUUCGAUUAAUGACCACCAUGGGCUGCGAAGAGCUGAAUUCUAAUGAAACAAAGAAACUCCUACAAGCACUAUUCAAAUCAGACAACUCACUACCUGAUGCACUACAUUUUACAGAGCAAGACAUGCGGACAAAGUUGGAAGAGACCAUAUCAACCAUAGAAAAUGACGCAGCAUGGAGCAUAUUCCAUAUACAUGUCCUAUCCAAUUUAGCUGAUAGGCUUUGCAACAAUCACAAUUCAGGAGAUUAUGGAAGGUUUUACGAUCCUACGUUUUCUCACUACGAGGAAUUUAGAGCUGGAAUUUCGAGGUGGCACCGGCUGUACACUGCCCUUCACUCACACAACCUGCAGAUGGAAAUAGCAACGCAAGUUAUGCAGGCAGUAUUGAAUUGGUUAAGAAUGGAAAAUAUGAAUCCGGAGGUGUCUCGCAUAUACAUGAUGCUGGGUGAGACGCUCAAUGCUGUAAUACCGCAGUUCAUAUGGAGCGAUAAAGAAAUGGGGAGAUUCGAAUUACAAAUCAACGAGAUUCAGAGAGAAUUUCAGGAUAUGAUUGCCAAGAAAAAUGAGCUUGAUAAUUAUCCUAGUUUCGAUAUUGCAGUGAAGGUGCACAAGAAGUAUUUCGUCGACAACACGUUCAAUAAGGAUCCGAUCUUUCAUUUGUUGAUGAUACAUUAUUACUCUGAAUUGAAGUCGUUCGAGGAAUACUCGCGCAGUAUUGCCAUUUUGAAGUUUAUGUACGCUAGGAAAAUACGAAAAUUCCCCCGACUACCCAACUCCGACGAAGAAAUGCGAAGAUUAAGGGCAAACAGGCUGUACGACCGUAUAGAAAUGCUGAGUGAGAAUAUCGAUGCUCAUAUGCGUGAAAUGCAUUUUAUAAUGCAAUUUUCCACUGAUCGCGCAGCAACAUACGACAGCAGCGACGACGCAUACAGUCAGAAUCAAAAAACAUUGGAGGCUAAUUUGCAUGGCCUACGUUCAACAUAUGCGGCAAUGAGAACUUUGAUUAUCGACUACCUCGUGUUAUUAUGCCCCGAUGAAUCGGAGGGUUCUGAUGCGGAUUAUUCGACCGUAGUCCAAAGUAUUCUGCCCGACGUGACGGAUUCCACUCUUCGCGCUUUCCUAUUGGCAGACGAGAACCUUGCCGCAUUCAUUGAAACGGCGACAAAAGCGAGACGGGCUCUAGAUACUGUGGCAUCUAUACCUCUAGCUUCAUCGGCUACUCGUGAUAGUGCCUGUUACCGUGAGCUGGAUAGCCGUAAUGGCCACAUGUUAAGCCAAAGAUACGAUCUUCAUUUUAUACUUAACCGUAUCCACAUCGACGAGAACGAUAAACGGACUCUGGAAUUCUUGUACCAAUCUUUGGCAGGUGAAAUCGGAUCAAAGGACCAUAAAAACACAAACAAGGCCUUCAAGUUGUUCUUGGACAACAGAGUUGUGGUGCAACGAGCCCUGCAACUGGAUAUCGCAAUGCCGCGAAUACGCGAGCUCACCGACCAGUUUGUAGAUGUUGCAAACACCUUCCGACCGGGGAUUCACGACAUUGCAGCGGGUGUUGAACGCUGCGAAGCCAUUUCUGCCGAAGCAGAAUUCACUGAGCGGAUGGCUGAUAUGUACCCAGACAACACUAGUUAG